CUACUUUCAACCAAAACAAGGGUGUGUUUUCUCUCUCAAAAACCACAAUAAAUCUUCCGAAAUGGUUCGAGUCGGCAAAUUUGAAAUCGUGUUGAAUAAAGAAGAUGCUGUUUACUAUGCCGGUGAUGUCGUCGAUGGUGUGAUACACUUGCAGAUGAAAGAGGAACAAACCUGCAGAGGUGUGAGAGUGAGGUUCACUGGUGAAUGUCAUACUAAUGUCAAAGAUCAUGAAGGUGAUUCAGCAGAUGAUGAAUAUGAGGUCUACUUCGAUAAUAUCAUCACUGUGUUUGGAAAUGAAAAAGGAGAAGGGCAACUCGCUGGAGAAAACACAUAUUUACAACCAGGCAGCCAUGAGUACCCAUUCAGCUACAAGCUGCCACACCAGAAUCUUCCGUCCUCUUUCGAAUUUGGGAAGCAGUCGGUCAGAUAUUAUAUAAAGAGCUACAUUGAUAUCCACAACGGUACAGAUAAAGCGGCCAAGAAGUUCUUCACAGUGAUUAAACCGUUGGAUUUAAAUAGUAAUCAAGAUUGGUUGAAACCACAUCAUUCUGAUGAAAGUAAAAUGUUCCCAAACAUGUGUUGUGGUGGAAGUAAAAUGAACAUCUGGGCAGAGGUUCCAAGAAUUGGAUAUCUUCCUGGAGAAAGUAUCCUUAUUCGUGGCGCUAUUCAGAACAAAACUAGACGGCCGAUAAAGGAAACUAAAGCAAUUCUCUAUCAGCAAAUCCAGUACAGAACUAAGAAGAAGUCUGACACAACAUUUAGAGCGAUUGCCGUAUUGGAGAAACAGAAAAACGUAUCAACGUGGGAUAACGAUGUGCUGCGGAUACCAUCCUGUGUGCCGUCUGAGUUGGACGGAUGUAGUCUGAUUGACGUUAGAUACAUUCUCAGGGUAUUGGUCAAUCCAUCUCCCACAAGUUCAGAUAUCGCUGUGACCUUUGAAAUUACGAUUGGCACAGAGCCUCCUCGGCAGACGCCAACUGUUACAAGUCCGGAGAUGGUGCACUUAGGGUUUCCCCUGGAGUCUACGCCACCAGAGCCAGUGCCUCUUCCAGCAUACUCACAUCGCAGUUUUGUUGAUUGCGUGUUCGGGCAAGUGACACCAAUGGAUAUCAGAGACCCGGAUCCAGACAGUUCGCGAUUUGCACCAAAAUAUUGCUUCUACAACUUUUCGUAACUCUUGAAAGCUGCUCCAGCCAUGCUGGAAGAUACCGCAGAUCACGAAACUUCAAAAUAAUGUGUACACUGGGAUUUUGUUAAUUAAACAAGAAGGCCGUCCUUCAGCUAUCUAUGACAGUACAUUUCAUAUUUGUAUGCACAACCAAAGUAUAUAUGACUUUGUUCACUUGUGGUUUUGGUUAAAGAUAAGGAUUUUUGAAUGGCUUGAUCAGGUCUGGCCUUACAAAAUGAACCGAGAGCAAAUGCGAUUACGGUUUACUCGAGAUUCUGAGUAACGGCCACCAUUUUGUUUUACUCAGGAUAUCAAGUAUAGGUCAGACCUGUGUAUGUAAUGAUCUUUAGUGCCUUGAAAACGUUUAUAUCAUUUUGUACAUAUAUUUAUGCAUGAUUUUAUGCUCCUAGUCCUAAACUAAAUACACUAGUGAUGUUGAUCUCGCAUGACGAUAUUCUCCAAGGGGCCAGUUUCUCCUCUUGCUUGUAAAUUUGAUGCAAGAAUUCAGGGUAUUUGUUAUCUCAUUCGCCAGACCUAUUGGGGGCAUAGGGCCUAUUAUAUAUCAGUGGAGGGUUAAAGAUUUUUAAAAGGUCUUUUCUCUGAGGCUACAAUUCAGAUCAUUUUCAGUCCACUAAUUCUUUUUAACAUUCAACUUUUGUCUAUAAAUCAAAAGAGCAAGGUUAAAAACUGUGUGCGUGUUUGGUUAGAGGGGAGGCUUCAUAUCUUUGGUACAUUAGGUAGUGUUAUUUUUCAUUUAUGAAUGUGUUUAGGGCUCUAGUCAAUUGUCCAAAGCUUUUUAUCUCUGAAAGGAGGAUAAGCUGUAAAAUUUUAAAAUAGCUUUGAAGAAAUGGGCUUUAAUUUGAAGAGUUUCAUCACAAAUUGAGAUGUAUCCGUUUUUGCUCUUUUGAGAACAUGGGUUCGAAGUUUGCAAUUUGACUAAAAAUACAUGAGAAAAUGUUGCCAUAUUUCAUCAUAAAAAAACUUCCAUGUGGACUGAAUGCUCUAUGAUCAUAUGUGUAAUGCCGAGGUAAAGUUAACUCCAAUAUCUUAGAUAUGGCGCUUAUCUUGUUUUUCAAUGAAACUCUUAAUUUCUUGCUGUAUAUUCAUAAAUUGCUUGUCUUUGUCCAUUCGGGUUAUGGGAACGUUUUAGCCUUGAUGUCAUAUAGUAGGCAGUGCAAAUAUUUGUCUAAACAUUGCUGCUGUCAUUGGUUAGUGGCUGAAGCAUUUUGCUUCAUUCAUUUACUAGUACAAUGUGUUCAAGAAUGAUAAAUAAUAAGUUUGUAUAGUUUGACUUGUGCCAUUUCUGAUAAACUUCUAUCCACCACCAAUGUAAUUUUUAUAUAUUUAUGUUAACUGUAAACCACCAAAUCUUUUUGGGCCCUUUUUUUUCUUACUGAUUACAAUAUGCAUGGAGUCAAAAUCCGAAGUUGAACAUUGCAUGUGGUAAGACUGGAUCCAAAUGUGUGGUCAGCUGGCCUCUCAAUCAAAAAUAAUGUGAUGUAGUUGUGCCUUAGAGAUUUAGUCCAUCCAUAUAUUUGCUAUUAUCAAAAAUAGAUACUGACUAUUCUUGUUAUUGUCCACAAGAAAUACUCCAGGUACAUAUUGGUUGUCAUUAUAUACCUACCUCGCUUUCAGGUGAUCGACUCAUUCAUCCUGACGUCCUCUGUGUAUUCUGCUGUACUAUAUUGACAAAAAGGCCACCUGCAUACGAAAGUAUCAGCAAGACAGUGUUUUGUUCAAUAUGGCGAUUACUGUCUCAUCAUUUAUUUCAAUCGGUCCUUUAGAGGAGCAAAAUAGGACAUAAAUAAUUCACCUCCUCCAAAAAAUAUCCUUUCACGAUAAGCUGAUAAGUGCAUUUCUAUAGUAUUUUCCUUUCCUGUGCUAUGUUUAUAUUUUUAUAUUGCAUGUCAUUACAUUUUAAGGAUGAAUAAUAACCAAUGUAGUAAUUAUAAAAUGUAUUUAUGUCCUUGUGUCUCUGAAGCACUGCUAAAUAAUUGGCUUGAGGCUAU